AAGGUAAAUCCACCUUGAUACUAUCGAAUAUUUUAGUAUUCUUAUAGUAAGUAGUAUGACGGAAAAACUUAUUAAACGAAACCCGGUAUUCCAAGCAGAUGAAAUUAAUCUGCUGGACAGUUUAGUUUUUAAAUAUAAACAUGUAUUGGAAAAUAAACAAAAAGGAGCGGUACAAGUAGCCCAAAAAUCGAAGUAUUGGAAUAUUGUGGCAGAUGAAUUUAAUGCAGCUGCAUUAAACGUUUCACGUUCUGCUCUUAAUCUCAAAAAAUGUUGGGAGAACAGAAAAAAUAACAAAAAAGCCGAACUAUGUGCUGAAAAAAGAAAUAAAAAAAAGACUGGUGGAGGGCCAGAAGAAACUAUACCAACAAAUGAAGCCAUUGAUCAGUUUUUAACUACUAUAACUGAUAUAGAAGUGCAUGGCGUUCUAGAUUCGGAUUCCUUAAGAAAUAUGUCAUCAUCAGCUCCAAAUAAUUUUGAGACUAUUUUACAAGACUGUGAUAUUGUAUUAGAUGGUGAUGAGUUUAUGAGACAACAUACCGAAGUCAAAACUACAUUAAUAGCUUCUGAGGAAAUUACCAAAUUGAUUAAUUUACCAAAUCAAGAAAAAGAGUUGAAUAGUAGAGAAUCACCUACCGUAAACAACUUCAAGAAAAUAUCAAACAAGGCCAACGAAUCAACAUUUGACACUAUAAGACUUGAAGUCCUUAAAGAAGAAUCAGAUCUUAGAAUUAAAAGGCAGAAAAUAUUAAUUGAACAAGAUGCUGUGAUUCAUAAAAUACGUUUGGAAGAAGUCAAACAAAAUCUUUUAUUAGCUGAACAAAAGUACAAACUAUUUUUGAAAGAAAGUAACCAAAGCUGAUAAAAAAAUGUGUAAAAGUAUUUUUUAUAAUGAGUAUUUUGUAGUUGUAAUAAAUUGCCAAG